AGCACCCACAUAACUACAGAGCGUGCGAUGGAUCUGCUAUGCAACCUGGACGAAGAGGAGCGCAGCAAUCUGCGUUCCGCACUUGACAAAAUAGAUGCCGACAAGGAAAAGAAGCUGUACGAGAAUUGACCCUGGGAACUACUCAACGGUUCGUUAGUGAAAUCCUGGACAACGAUCAACCCCUUUUAAAAAUCAACUUGGGAACGGCGAGAGUGGUGAAGUCCUUUAAAAUUUUUAAUCAUGUCAUUCACCUCACCAACUAUGAAGACUCAGUAACUAAGAUACACGAGGUGAUAGGAAACUUACCCGACCAACAGGGCCUUGAAGAGCUGAAACUCACGUUACACCAAAAAUUAGCUCAGGUUCAACAAAGAUUAAAUUCCUUGCUUCCUAACAAUGGAAGAAGUAGGCCAAAAAGAGGAUUAAUUAAUGGGUUAGGCCACAUAGUGAAAGUAGUCUCGGGGAAUAUGGACGCCUAUGACGAGGCAAGAAUAAACAAGGAACUAAGCUUCUUACGCGGAAACUCCGAAUUUAACACUAAUUUCCAGAACGAAACGCUUGUAAGAUUCGAAGAGAUAAAUGAACAUAUCAACAGGGAACAGGUACUUAUAAGCAACUUUAUAAACUCGUACCAAAAUAAAAUUUUUAAAGAAAUAGAUGAAGAAUAUAAAAACAUUCAACUCAUCCAAUAUAUAGAUAGGAUUAACUUCAAUAUAGACUUACUCUUCAAUCACUUAAACAAUAUUGCGGAAAGCUUGCUGUUUGCUAAAUUAAAGUUAGUACCAAAAUACCUAUUAAAUUCGGUCGAAUUAGAGAAAAUAAAAAACGUACUAUCACAACAAAAAAUAGAAGUACAGCUAGAACACGAACUAUAUAAUGUGCUUUCUUUAGAAUCAACCACCCUUAAUAAAACACUCAUAUUCCAUAUCAAAGUUCCAAUUUUGUCAAAAGAAUCUUAUAAUUUGUACCGUCUUAUUUCACUACCACUAAACAAAACUAUGUAUGUAAACUUACCUAAUGUUAUAAUUAAGAAUGACCUAGAAAUUAAGAUAAUUGAGACACCUUGUAUAAAAGUGGGAGGUACACACAUUUGCGAAACUCCUCUAACACCCAAUAACACAGAAUGCCUUCACAACCUGCUGGACGACAAAGAAGCGACCUGCAGCACAACGAACAGAGGUCACCAACCACAAAUCUUCGUUCCUUUAAAGGGGUUGAUGGUAAUCCUCAACGUGGAGAAUCUGAACAUUACUUCCAACUGCAUUUCGAGCAGGAUCUUCAACGGUUCCAUGCUUAUAAAAUACGAUAAUUGUUCUAUAUCCGCUAAUGGGACAAAAUACGUCGAGGCCGCCACUACAAUAAUAGACGACAUCGAGAUAAACCUUCCCCAUGUCCAGAAUUUAACAACAAUCCCAACGGACGAACCCUUAAACCUUCAGGCACUACACCUUAGUAAUCUGGAAAAUGGAUUGGCAGUCACCAACAUAGAGGAACGAACCACCACUCACCUGUCGAUUAUAUACCUACUCGUUGCACUGUCGAUUUUGAUUACGGCUGUUGCCUGGACCUUUAACAGGAAGGAGAUAAUUCUUUCACCCACCCCGGCGGACCCCAUUGUCACUCCCACCAUACCUUCGUUAUGGCCAUCGUUCCAAGCUAAGGGGGGAGGAGUUACCGCUGAUGUCUUCCUCAUGACAUCACCUCCGCCUAAACCCCCUCGGGCAUUGUCCCAUUAGCGGAGAUGCCAUUCAACCCGGACACCAAACCGCCGACACAGCAGACGGGAUACCGAACCGAGUAAACAACUGGGCCACAGGCAUCCGGCCGAGAACUGCUGACCUAAGGAGUUUCGCAAUCUCAGCAUAUGUACCCCACUCCCAAGUUAGCUCUCAUUUUGUAUACUCAGAACAAAAAUAAAAUCAGUCGAAGAGUGACACUCGACCAAAGAAGUCUAUCCUUGUAUUUAUUGGAAUACUAUAUCUAUAAUACUGUGACCAGCCACCUCCGGACCGCAGACAUAAUUACCAGCCACCUCCGGACCGCAGACAUAAUUGGCGCAGCCGGUAUCUAAAAGAACAUAGGAUGAAACUGACGAGGAUCAUCUUUAUAACCACCAUAUUGACCCUGGGAACUACUCAACGGUUCGUUAGUGAAAUCCUGGACAACGAUCAACCCCUUUUAAAAAUCAACUUGGGAACGGCGAGAGUGGUGAAGUCCUUUAAAAUUUUUAAUCAUGUCAUUCACCUCACCAACUAUGAAGACUCAGUAACUAAGAUACACGAGGUGAUAGGAAACUUACCCGACCAACAGGGCCUUGAAGAGCUGAAACUCACGUUACACCAAAAAUUAGCUCAGGUUCAACAAAGAUUAAAUUCCUUGCUUCCUAACAAUGGAAGAAGUAGGCCAAAAAGAGGAUUAAUUAAUGGGUUAGGCCACAUAGUGAAAGUAGUCUCGGGGAAUAUGGACGCCUAUGACGAGGCAAGAAUAAACAAGGAACUAAGCUUCUUACGCGGAAACUCCGAAUUUAACACUAAUUUCCAGAACGAAACGCUUGUAAGAUUCGAAGAGAUAAAUGAACAUAUCAACAGGGAACAGGUACUUAUAAGCAACUUUAUAAACUCGUACCAAAAUAAAAUUUUUAAAGAAAUAGAUGAAGAAUAUAAAAACAUUCAACUCAUCCAAUAUAUAGAUAGGAUUAACUUCAAUAUAGACUUACUCUUCAAUCACUUAAACAAUAUUGCGGAAAGCUUGCUGUUUGCUAAAUUAAAGUUAGUACCAAAAUACCUAUUAAAUUCGGUCGAAUUAGAGAAAAUAAAAAACGUACUAUCACAACAAAAAAUAGAAGUACAGCUAGAACACGAACUAUAUAAUGUGCUUUCUUUAGAAUCAACCACCCUUAAUAAAACACUCAUAUUCCAUAUCAAAGUUCCAAUUUUGUCAAAAGAAUCUUAUAAUUUGUACCGUCUUAUUUCACUACCACUAAACAAAACUAUGUAUGUAAACUUACCUAAUGUUAUAAUUAAGAAUGACCUAGAAAUUAAGAUAAUUGAGACACCUUGUAUAAAAGUGGGAGGUACACACAUUUGCGAAACUCCUCUAACACCCAAUAACACAGAAUGCCUUCACAACCUGCUGGACGACAAAGAAGCGACCUGCAGCACAACGAACAGAGGUCACCAACCACAAAUCUUCGUUCCUUUAAAGGGGUUGAUGGUAAUCCUCAACGUGGAGAAUCUGAACAUUACUUCCAACUGCAUUUCGAGCAGGAUCUUCAACGGUCCCAUGCUUAUAAAAUACGAUAAUUGUUCUAUAUCCGCUAAUGGGACAAAAUACGUCGAGGCCGCCACUACAAUAAUAGACGACAUCGAGAUAAACCUUCCCCAUGUCCAGAAUUUAACAACAAUCCCAACGGACGAACCCUUAAACCUUCAGGCACUACACCUUAGUAAUCUGGAAAAUGGAUUGGCAGUCACCAACAUAGAGGAACGAACCACCACUCACCUGUCGAUUAUAUACCUACUCGUUGCACUGUCGAUUUUGAUUACGGCUGUUGCCUGGACCUUUAACAGGAAGGAGAUAAUUCUUUCACCCACCCCGGCGGACCCCAUUGUCACUCCCACCAUACCUUCGUUAUGGCCAUCGUUCCAAGCUAAGGGGGGAGGAGUUACCGCUGAUGUCUUCCUCAUGACAUCACCUCCGCCUAAACCCCCUCGGGCAUUGUCCCAUUAGCGGAGAUGCCAUUCAACCCGGACACCAAACCGCCGACACAGCAGACGGGAUACCGAACCGAGUAAACAACUGGGCCACAGGCAUCCGGCCGAGAACUGCUGACCUAAGGAGUUUCGCAAUCUCAGCAUAUGUACCCCACUCCCAAGUUAGCUCUCAUUUUGUAUACUCAGAACAAAAAUAAAAUCAGUCGAAGAGUGACACUCGACCAAAGAAGUCUAUCCUUGUAUUUAUUGGAAUACUAUAUCUAUAAUACUGUGACCAGCCACCUCCGGACCGCAGACAUAAUUACCAGCCACCUCCGGACCGCAGACAUAAUUCGCGCGAGAUGUAGACAUCUGGAUAAAACUGCCGCUCGACACUGCCUCCUGAAAUUAAACGCCCUUUUGACGUGAACAGUUACUUCUACGCGAUAUAUAUAUAUAUUUUGUUUUUGUAAAAUGUGUUCUAUCGUGUUUCUAUCGCGCAGAAAUUAAUAAGAAGUGACUUCUGGACGACAGGCGAUAGAAAUAUCGCCCUUUUGCUUGCAGGGAACUGCUCAGAGCCAGAACUUCAGAAACAGCGGCAGAGGCAUAUGUGCAAGCCCACGGGUCGAGACCGCUGCUUCUGUCGGCCAUCACUCACUUAUAUCAACAGUUAAAAUCUGAAAAUUCAUGAAAAGGUAUAUCAAUUAAAGUUUUCGCCGCUAUGUGGAGACAGUUUGCGAAAUCGGAAAUAUUCUUGCGUCCAAAAUGAAAGAAUGCCUUAAAUGAAAGAAAUUUGAAUUGGAAUCAAAGUUUUUCGAGUGUAAAAUACAAAUAAAAAUACGAAUGUAAAAAUACAAAUACAACGCAACGUCAAUCGCAAGAAGUAAACAAAUCCGCCUUGCCCCUAACAGGUUGUAAUUUAUUUUUACAACUGCCCUUUAGGAAAAGCUGAAAGCAAUAAAGACAGACGUCCAAAACAUUAAAUUUAUAUCUCUAUCAGCUGAGAAUAAAUAAACUUAUGACUUUGAUUUCACGCAAUGAAGACAUCGUGAAAUUUUUUUAACCGCAGGCUUCUCCACUUAGCGGCAGUCCAAUGAAGUUUUCGAAUUUUAUUUUAAACGAUUACCAUUUAUGAAGUGUCCAAAGACACUUCACAUAUUCACAUAUGAAUACAAACAUACACACACACAAUAUACGCCAAAUACAAAUACAAAAAAACAUAUCCAAACAUGUGCGUAUGUAUGUAUGUUUCUUGCUUACAUUGCGAAAGAAAUGUUGGGUUUGUUUGCUUCAUCAAUACGAUUUCCUGUACAUUGCGAAAAAUGAAAGCCUAAAAUUUAAUAAAUAACUAUAAAUAUAAAAGUUUUUCAGUGAUUUUUAUUAUAAAAAUUAAAAAUAAAAAUCUUAUACCAAAAUCUUUUGAACAAAUUGGUAUAUUGAAAAUAUCUAAAAACACCUAUGAUCUACGAGUCUAUACCAAUGAACUUGAGGAUCUUUAGAUAGGAUGGACCGUUCUUUUCUUAGCUAGAGCACUAUAUCUUACACUUGGUUUCAUAUUCAUUAAGUAGUUGGAAAAGGCGGCUUCUUGGAAAAUUUGCAUAUUAAUGGCCCCCGCCCCCUUACUAAUUUACAUAUUAAUGACCCCCGCCCCUCACUAAUUAGCAUAUUUUAGGACAAUUAGCAUAAUCCAUAAAUUAACGGAUUUUAAUAGGUAAGAGUAUACUUAAUUGCCGCCACCCACACCUCCAUGUGACAAUACUGAUCACGUGACCUUUUUUCUCAUUAUGAGCAAUUAAUAUUCAGCAGCUGUUACUGUGCACGUAAGAAAGGUCGCACACUUUCCCCACAUCCCCAUGUGACUAUAUUGAUCAUGUAUCCUUUUCCUCAUUAUGAUCAAUAAAUAUUGAGCAGGUGUUUCUGUGCACGUGAGAAAGGUCGCACUCCCAUGAUAUCCAAAGGUUGUUAUCUUAGAGGAAAAUGUCCGAUCAUGUUGGGGAAAGGUGUGAUCACGUACCCUUUUGCCUCAUUAUCACAGUGUGUC